GUUGAACUCGUGCCAUUGUAGUGACUCAUCUCGGGCAGAGCGCAGGGGCUCCGAGCGCAGCGACGAGCAAGUGAGCGGCGCUCGGCGGGCCCGGGAGACAGGGAGAGAGGGAGAGAGGCGCGGCCGGGCGAGGCGGCCCCGUCCGGGAGCUGGGCGCGGGGAAGGGGUGCAGCCGGGCGGCGGGCGGCGGCGCGGGCAGCGGCGGCAGCGGGGGCCGCGGGGGCCGCGUCCCUCUUAGCAGCGCAGCGGGCACCCCGCACGCCGGGCGCGGGCUCCCUCUCCCCGCAAGUGUCCGAGCGGCUCCGAAACUCCGGCGGCGACUCCGCCACAGGAAGUUUAUUCUCAGCUCCUUUUCUAAAAGGAGGAAAUAGAAGUUUCUCCCGGCGGGCAGCCUUUCUUUUCGCUUUUUUCUCUUUUCCGCCCUGUCUGAAGUCGGGGGGCCCCCCGGACCUGGCAGGCGUGACCCGCCGGGCUCCCGUUUCUUUCUGAUUUCCAGCUUUUGAUCGCGCCGGCCGUCCCGGCUGGGCUCCGGCUGCGCGCGGGAGCGGGAGCGGGAGCGGGAGCGGGAGGGCGCGCGCGGGGAGGGCCCGGGGACCCGCCGGGGCCGCGGCGCUCCGAGAGCAGAAGCGCCCCGCGAGGCCCUCGCGAGGCACGGUUCCCGGGCUGUCGCCGCCUCCCGCCCGCGCCCGCCACCGUCGCGGAGACGCCGGGGAGCCGAGACCGGAGCCCCAGGCGCGGCCGCGGGGAGCGAGCGCGCAGCAGCCGGUGCGCGGCCGCGGCGAGGGCGGGGGAAGAAAAACACCCUGUUUCCUCUCGGGCCCCCACCGCGGAUCAUGUACCAGGAUUAUCCCGGGAACUUUGACACCUCGUCCCGGGGCAGCAGCGGCUCUCCCGCGCACGCCGAGUCCUACAGCAGCGGCGGCGGCCAGCAGAAAUUUCGGGUAGAUAUGCCUGGCUCAGGCAGCGCCUUCAUCCCCACCAUCAACGCUAUCACGACCAGCCAGGACCUGCAGUGGAUGGUGCAGCCCACAGUGAUCACCUCCAUGUCCAACCCGUACCCCCGCUCGCACCCCUACAGCCCCCUGCCGGGCCUGGCCUCUGUCCCCGGGCAUAUGGCACUCCCAAGACCCGGCGUGAUCAAGACCAUUGGCACCACCGUGGGCCGCAGGAGGAGAGAUGAGCAGCUGUCCCCUGAAGAGGAGGAGAAACGUCGAAUCCGGAGGGAGAGGAACAAGCUGGCCGCAGCCAAGUGCCGGAACCGACGGCGGGAGCUGACGGAAAAACUGCAGGCGGAGACAGAGGAGCUGGAGGAGGAGAAGUCAGGCCUGCAGAAAGAGAUCGCUGAGCUGCAGAAGGAGAAGGAAAAGCUGGAAUUCAUGCUGGUGGCCCAUGGGCCCGUGUGUAAGAUCAGCCCCGAGGAGCGCCGAUCACCCUCUGCCUCUGGGCUGCAGCCCCUGCGUGGUGGGGGCGGUGGAGUGGGUGCCGUGGUGGUGAAACAGGAGCCUCUGGAAGAGGACAGCCCCUCAUCCUCGUCCGCCGGGCUAGACAAGGCCCAGCGCUCUGUCAUCAAGCCCAUUAGCAUUGCUGGGGGCUUCUACGGGGAGGAGCCCCUGCACACCCCCAUCGUGGUGACCUCCACGCCUGCCAUCACUCCGGGCACCUCGAACCUCGUCUUCACCUACCCCAGCGUCUUGGAACAGGAGUCUCCUGCGUCACCCUCCGAGUCCUGCUCCAAGGCUCACCGCAGAAGCAGUAGCAGUGGGGACCAGUCAUCGGACUCCUUGAACUCCCCCACCCUACUGGCUCUGUAACCCAGCUCCCAGGGGGUCCUCGUCUCUGCCUCCUUCCCAGGGACUAGCACCUUCAAGUGCUCCAGGGCCGUGAGGCCAGGAGGGGGACCCUGCCAGAGAGCUUCCCAGCUCGAGGGAGACCUAGGUGGGGUUUGGUGGUGAGGCGCCGGAGGGCUUCAGCAAUCUCUUAGAAGUCACAGGACCUCCUCCCUCAUGCAUCCUGCAAAGCAAAUCCUGUUUCUUGAAAAGCCUUGGAGAACUUGGUUUGGUGGACUCAGGCAUCUCUCCAGCUUCUGAAGAGCCUGCAGCGGGUGUGGACCAAUCCUGUGCCAUUGUUACGCUGCAUCUCUGGAGUGACGGUGUCCUUCCCCACCCCGCCCGGCAUGCUCAGUGCCUUUUGGUUUCACCUUCCCUCUCUUCACCCCUUCCUUCCCCCCAGUGUCAAUUUCACUUCCUCUUGGUUUUUAUCAAAUUUGCCAUGACAUUUCAUCUGGGUGGUCUGAAUAUUAAAGCUCUUCAUUUCUGGAGAUGGGCAGCAGGUGACGGACUCUUCUGCUGGGGCUGACUUGUCCGGAAGGGGACAGUCAAUGUGCAAUACAGAACCUUCCCUCCCUUGACACUCCUCGGUCCACCACCAUCUCCAGGACCACCAGCAGGGCUCCCUGAGCUCUCAAGGAAAUGCUGCCACCACUGGGAGGCUCGGAGGACCCUUCCUCCCCAUCCUCGGAGACAACUUUUUGGAGGAGCGGCUUGGCCAGAAAACAGGGUGUGAGUGAGACAGCUGGGGCGCAGGUUGGGUUUGCCAAAUGCCUAAUUACCAGGGCAGGAAUAGUGCCAACAAGCCACGCAGGUGUCCUAGGCAGCUUCCCUUACCUGGUGUCUUGAGCAGGACGUCUCCUAUAAUUACUGCCUCGCCAUCCUGCCCCUGGACCCUUCUCUCUAGACCAGGGAGGCGUCCCUCCCUAGGAAUCACAUGUCGCUCCAGGUCCCUACUGGCUCUGCCCUACCCCAGCCUGGCUUUCGGGGUGACGCCACCCACGGAGAUUUAAUGAGCGUGGGCCUGGCCCCUCCCCAGAUUGCUGCCAGGUGGCCCUUCCGGAAGCCUCAAAGGCACUUUUGCAGUGGAUGGAAAGGUAGGGGAGGAAGGAGGGAGGCAGAGUGGGAUUUGCCUCUCAGUUGGAUGCCAGGCCUUUUCUACCUUCUGUGGUCCCCUACAAUCUGAUGGAGUGCUUUCUUUUUUAUAUACUCCGUCCCCCGCAGUGCUCUGCAGGUCCAGCCAGCCAGCUGUGAACCACUGGCCCAGAGCUGUUGCUAAGGCUUGGGGCUUACAUGCCAUUCCUGGGGGCUGCUGAAAUCAGAUAAGAUGUAUUGCUUCCCACUGCUGGAGAGGUGCCCCCUUCCUGUGGGGUAGGGAGUGGGGAGUCCUCCCGACCUCCUGCAAGAGCACAGCUCAGCAUGGUCCCUGCUUCCCACCCCUCUGAGCCUUUCCCUCCUGAGGGCAUAGCUCUGGCUGACCCCCUAGGAUUGGCCUCUGCUGGGCUAGUGCCCUGGGGGACCCCCGCUGUUGUGAUUCAGCUCUAGAGAUCAUUGUAUGAUAAUUUAAAAUUAUAUAGAUAUUAUUUAAAUCAAACCCAGUGGGGGUUAAAUUUCAAAGUUCCUCUGGGGGAGGAGAGAGAGAAAGAGAUUGAGAGAGCGCUGUGACAUGUUAGCUCACACGCCCAGGCCUCAGAGCUGGUCCUUCCUGCCCAUCCCCUCUCCAUGCACUAGAAUGGAACACGGAAUGGAGCAGCAGAUGCUCCAGAUAUACAGCCCGCUAUGACCUGAAGGGAUGCUUGGAAGGUUAGGCCAUGCAGAGCGUGGAGAUUUAAAAAAAAAAAAAAAAAAAGGAUUUUGUCCAAAAAUCCCUUAAAAAUGUUAUUUCCCACAUUCCUUGGCUAUGAGGCUGCCCUCCACGUUUCCCAGAGGUUCUGGGAGGGGCACUCCUUAUUAGAUUGGGCAAUUGAGUUUCUGGCGUCUUCAGACUAAUUGAAGACACAGAGUCAGCCAGGAAUAGCAGGAGGUGGGCAAAGAAAACCGGGGUGUGCUCAGCUCUGAAAGGCUUAAUCAUCUCAAGAGGUAUUUGUGGCCAAUUGCGAGCUAUUUGCUUCUUUUCUGCAUAUAUAUACAUAUAUAUUUGCAUAUAUAUGUAUACAUAUUUCUUAAAUGAAGCUGCUUUGGUGUUUUAUUUCUAAAAGACCCUUUGUGUCCCACUUUGCACAGCACUGAUCCCAAGGCAGGACACAGUCUGUGACUCGGGGCCAGGCUGGACAUUCCUGAGACAGUUUGGCUGUUGUUCAGAUUUCAAGCUGUGUUGGCUUUGGGACCAGCAGAAGGCCAAAAUCUACCAAUCCAUAGGCUUUUAGAAGCUUCUAAGCUGUCCCCUUCAGGACCCUCUGGCUUUGUUCUAGGAGGUAGUGUUUGGCUUCCCCAAAGCCAGAGGUUAUUUGGGGAAGGCUGAAUAUUCACCCCUAACUCAUGAGCACGUCCUUCUUUUCUUCUUCUGGCUUGUUCUCUGAGUUCAUGCACACACACCAUUGUUCAGAAUUACCAGACGCCAGGCCUGCUGCUUUCUCCUCCGUGGCUCCAACUAAAGGAACAGCUGCAGUGGGGGUGCCUUUGUGCUUGGGCUGGAAACUGCUGUGCUUCUCCUGUGUUCCCAGCCGUGAGGCAGCUGGUGUGAACUCCAGUUGGGCUGCAGGCAGCUCUGGGACGGCAUAGGGCAGGCACUCCUUGACAAGCUAGUAUGCACCACACAGUCCUCUCUGCCACCUGGCUGGCCUCUGGGAUCAGUCCUCUUCCUGGCUGAGUGGUUGGGGACAGCUGCUGACACAGGAAAGAGAGGAGAUCCCAGGUGAAGCUUAGGCAACUGCUGGAGCCAGCUGUAAGCAGAGAAUUCACGGGGGGAGUUUUCAGAAAGAAAUCAUUGUUCUGCCUGUGAGAAAGGCCAGGUGUGUCCACCAUGGCCAAACAAGCAACUCAGCCAAGAGCCAUCAGAGGCUACUGCUUCCUUUUUCUCAGGCUUUGGGGAAGAGUCUCUGCUCUGCUCCCACUAGGCUCUGAGUCUAAGGGAGGGCUCAACCCAUAAGCAUUGGAACUUCUCUCCCCUUACCUUGAUGGACCAGCAGUGCUUCUGCAAUCUCACCAUUUCUCUUUCCGGUCGGUCUCCUUCUGGAUCAGAUAUCACAUGGCCCCUUUAAGAAGGAAAGGAAUAAGCACCUACUAUGUGCCAGGCACUGUGUUAGGCACUUUUUGUAAAUAUACCCUCUUUAGGAUAAGACUAAGGGAUGAGGGUAUCCCCUAUUUAAGGCCCCCAAGUAAUGGAUGAAUGAAAACACUUGGAGGUGAAAAGGUCUUUCUUCAAAGAUCUGAGGCAAGAUUGCCUUCAAUCUGAGGUUGGUUCUCAAAGACCCCCCCCCAUAUCCUCUCGCCUCCAGACUUCUGUUCCCUCUCCCUCGUGAUGUGCUCCUUUGCACUCCUCAGAUGGUUGGAGGGGUAAUCUGAGUCCUUAUAGAAUUUGUGGACCAAUAGGAUAUGUGACGUAACUUUCUUUUUAAAACUUAAGUAAAGGGGUCUUGCUACUUUCUGCUUGUUGAGUCUUCUUGGCAUUCAUCUUAAAAGCCAGCAUCUCACUAUUUAUUGACAGGUUGGAUGUGUGCGUGCGUGUGUGUGUACGUGUGUGUACAUUUCCAGGGUGCCUCUUGCUACUUUUAAAAAUUCAGUCAUCCCACUACUAAUUUGACAUCUUUUCAUGCUUCUAGUGUUUUGGCCAUACAUCAACAGAGGGCUUUCAUUUUCCAAUGCUGAUGUGUUCAGGAAAGGCUGGGUCAAAUUUUGAGUGGGGGAUAGGAAGGGGAGGGGGAGAAGAAAUUGACAUUUAUUUUAUUAUUUAUUUAAAAUGUUUACAUCUUUGUGUUGUACCAAGCCUGAUGAGAAACAGCAUUAAAAUACUCGGUUCCUCUCUCCCUCUCUUUCUUCAUUUUUUUUAAAAAAUUUAGGCUAAUGAUGCUUUUUUUGUUCCUAAAAUGAUUUGUGACAUGUGCUGUAUAAACUGUAUAAAAUGGUUCUGUUUUUAAAGAUGGAUUGUCAUUCCUCUGGGGACAGUGGUCACCAAAAAGUCUACAUUGUAAGAGAAUACAAGGAAAGAUCCUGCCCUGUUCCUCAAAAAUUAUUUUCUCUGUAUGAUUAAAAGUUUAUUCCAUUUA